GUCACAUGACAUAGCUCUCUAGCUUGGUCACUGUGCGCCUAGCAUAACAAUUCGGAAGAGGGAAGAAAUAACAGUGAAAUAUUAUAAAACGGAAUACAUUCACAUCGAUAAAAAGUAAGUCAAUCUCCUGGUUAUUACUCCUCCACUGCCAUGUCGUGAAAGACGGGGAGGGUGUGAACCCUUGACCCCGAGGCGACCAGACUGUGAUUUAAACCAGAGGAGGAGGAGACAGACAGACAGACAUGCACCCGUACGGCUGUGAGGCAGAGACAUCUCUUCAGGAGCUGUUUGAUUUCUUCACUCGGUGUCUGCAGAAUGGCGAGUGGGAGCUGGCUGAAGCCUGCGUGCCUCAGCUGUGUGACGCUGGAGGAGAGGUGUCACAACGGCUACGCGACAUCAUCAAGGCCAUCAUCACCUACCCUUACCUGCUAGAAUGGGAGAGUGUGGGCAGCCCUCACAAACUGGCCUGGCUUUGGCUUCAAGUCCUGGAGAAAUGGACCAAAGAAGAGGUUUCUGUUUCAGUCAGGAGAGAACUAGAGUUCCUACUGCUUCUAGAGGAGCUGGGAGACGAGGUGCCAGAGACCACGCUCAAGGAGCUCCACCAGGCCUUCCUGACCACCCAAUCGGAGGAGAGAAAGGAACCAGGGGUUCCAAGGGUAUCACCAGGGACGGGCGAUGCUCAGAGUCCAGGGAUAGAGACCUGUCUCGAAGCCUUGUUGGACCAGAAGAGACCCAGAGUGGCCCAGGCUCUGGUUAGCUUCCUGGAGGACCACCCCAGGAGUGUUAAAACAGGGAACCACAUCCUACAGGACACAUUCAUCAGAUACCUGAUGGAGAGAGUGGAGCAUCAUGGUCCAGGCCCAGAGAAGAUGGAGGGCUGGGCGGAGGAGAUGUGUGUGGUCCUAGCCCUGAUGCCCCUGAGGUCGGAGCGAGGUGGAGGAGGCGGGAGCCAGCUGGAGGCCCUGUGUGAGGCCCUGUGGAGGGCCAGAGACGGGCCCCUGAGAGAGGAGAGGGUUCUGAGCUCCCUGCUACGGCCCCACUGCCACACCUUGCUCUCCCACUACUGCUCCACAGCCCUCAGGCUGCACAGAGACCGACUACUGAGAGAGACUCCCAGCACCCAGGUGGAUCUUCCUGAAACGGAGAAGUUACUGCUGGGCUUGUGUUGUCACGGGGACCGGCCUUCCGUCUGGAAAACCAUUUACUUUGAGUGUCUUAGCAGCGGCAAGCACUUCCUUGAACAGGUCCUGGUGACUGCUCUGGACCUGGUGAAGAGGGAGGAGUUCUGUAGGCUAGAGGACCUGCUGAAGGGGGAGUUCCAGCCUCUGUCUCGCCUCCUGCUCCUCCUGGGGUGGACCCAGUGCCAAAGCCUGCUCUCAGCUCAGACCCUGCUACGCCUCUUACACCAUGACCAGGCGCUGGCCAACGACUCUGUUCUGAGAGAGUUUGCCAACGGUCUGUCUUCUCAGUUGAGAGUGUUGGAGUGGUGUGUUGAGAACAACCCAGGGAUCCCCAAGGAGGCGUUGCUUGGCCAGCUGCACACACUGGACAGUCACUCAGCCCUGUACGUCCUUCACUGUCUCACCCCUCUGGCCCAGAAUGAGGAACACAUGGUACUGGACCUGCUGAAUACACAGCCCAAACCCACCGGGGCAGAUGAGUUCGGUGGGGUGGUAGACGGUCCUAUGGUCCAGAGGAACCUGGUUCUGUACAGGGGGUUCUGCGCUAUGAAGUACGCCCUGUACGCCAUGUGUAUCACCGCUCACAAGUACAGUGGCUGCUCCGACUGUGGCACCACGCAGUGCACGCACCAGGCCACACCUGAGCACCAGGCCACACCUGAGCACCAGGCCACUCCUGAGCACCAGGCCACACCUGAGCACCAGGCCACACCUGAGCACCAGGCCACACCUGAUGCUGAGAAGGACCAGAGCCAAGCCUCAACCCAGCUCCAAGACUGUCCUCCCCUAUUCCAGCUCUACCUGUCUGAGUGUCAGAUCUACCUGGAGGCAGUACCUGCUAUGUUCCGCCUGGAACUACUGGAGAACAUCUUCUCCCUGCUCUUCCUGUCCAACGCUGAUUUUACCCUCCACAACCAUCAGGGGGAGACGACGAGCACAGGCCAGACAGAACACGCCGAAGAGAAAGAAGGGAAGAGAAGAAAAGGACAACAGGAAGGGAAAAAGAGAGGAGACGGACGGGAGGAGAACGAAAGCUCAAGCAAAACCGAAGUAGGUGGAAGAGGAGAAGCGGAUCAAAGCAAAAUGACAAGAGAGAAUCACCACCAACCCCUCAACUUCCCCUUCUCAGCGUCCCAACGGAGUCACCUUGAUCUGGGCCACUUGACGGCAGGCUGCAGGGGCUUCCUAGUGGACCUCGGAGCCAUGCAGGGGUUCCUGCGGCUGCUGAGAGAGAGUCUGGAAGGGGUGGUGGUAGUGGGUCAACGGUCGGGGCAGGAGGAGGGCAGGGCUCUGGCGGGGGAGGCAGAGGUGGCAGAGAGUCUGGGCUGCUCUGUGACGGCAGAGACUUUCGGGGCUCGCCUGCAGAGACUGUCCAAGAGGACAGCCGAAGCCCAGUGGAGACUACAGAUUAUCGCUUCUAACCAGGACAGCGGCAACGUCUCUGACCCCCCCACCCAGCUCCAGGUGUCUCCAGCAGCCCGUCCUGCCUCCUGUCUAAAAGGAAGAGCCAGCCGUACUGGGGUCAGGAGGAGGAAAAGGCCUAGACGACAACACUCUGACAUACAACCCUCCACAGAGAUACACAAUGGAGAGGUCAGCGGCAGCCCCUCGGAUGGAAGUGGAGGAGCCGGGCGGUCGGAGUGGGAGGUGUGUCCCUGUGGAAGUAUGGGUAGCUGGGUAGUUCCAGCCAUGCUGGCUCCACCUGAGUCCCUGCUCAUGGCCUGCAUCCGUCGGGGAAACUACAUGGAGGCACACCAGGUGUCUCUGAUGUUUGGCCUGGAGGGGUCAUGGUGCUUCGGGGAGCUGGUCUUCAUGGAGCGUUACCGGGAAGUCCUGGAGGAGCUGGGUCGCGUGGAGCAGAAGAUGGAGACCCACUCCUUAUCUUCAUCCUCCUCUUCCUCAGAGGGCCUGGGAGCGACGGCCGUGGCGCCCGCCCCGGGGCGUAGUCGGCUGGGAAGUAGUGGGCGCUCCACUCUGCAGGCCAUCGGGAGUGCAGCUGCUGCCGGCAUGGCAUUCUAUUCCGUCUCUGACGUGGCAGACCGUCUCCUUUCCACCCCUGGUCGCCCCGUUCCGUCUCUGGAGGAGGGCUACUGGCUGGGCCGCUGUGUCCUGGACCCCCCAGGGACAGGCCUCCUGCACACCCUCCUGGAGGAGCUCAGCCCCCCUGCCAUGGCUGCCUUCGACCUGGCCUGCUGUCACUGCCAGCUGUGGAAGACCUCUAGACAGCUACUGGACACGGCGGAGAGACGGCUACACAGCAGCCUGGAGGGAAGAGGCCUGAGGGUGGAACCCAAUGUGAAACACGCUGAGGGCAUCCGAGGGUUCCCUGCGGUGCUCCAACAGAUGGGCCAGAUCCUCAGUCACACAGCCAGUCAUAGUGGCAACAACAAGGGCCCCGCCAAGACAGAAUCCAUUGUGGAGGACCACGUUGUGGCCAGUCCUUUAGGCUGCUGCAUACAGGAAGUGUUGCUGUGCUGCCACCCUGUACUGAGUGAGGAGGGCAUCGCUACCCGACUGAGCCUGGCACAGCACCUAGAGAUCACCCUGCAAACCCUGUCCACCGCUACAGAAACCACAGUGGAGAGUCCUGUUGCUGGUGCCCUCCUAACAGCCCUGGUAGAGCAGGCCAGUCUGAAACCGUCGGAGUUGGAAUCCCACCCGGUCCGUUCCUCCAUGAAGCAGUUGCUGCGUUCCGUGGACCAGCUGUGUCCCGCCGAGCCCCAGGGCGCCCCCUGCAGGCCAGACUACAUGAGGAGCUUCGUAGACUACGUCAACACGCUGGCUUCAGUGUUAAUACGCAGCCUGGGAUGUGAAGACCAAAGCAGUGAGGUGAAGUUGGGGAACCCUCUCCUGGUACUCCUCCAGGCCCCAUCUCAGCUGCUCUCUCACCUGCUGUUUGAUAGACAGGUGUCUCCUGACAGAGUUUUGUCUCUGUUGCAGCAGGAGGGUCUGCGUCUGAGUGUCCAACAGGUGAUUGUGCAGCGCUGCUGUGAGGCUCUACCUUUGUGGGACUGGUGCCCCGAACCAGAGAGGGAAGCUAGCCCCAGGAGAGAGGCUGGUUCCGGGGGAGAGGCUGGUUCUGGGGGAGAGGGUGGGCAGGGGCAAGGACAGACCGGACCAGAGGAAGGGGUGUUUAGGACUGCCAGCCUGGCAGCUCUGCUACAGCUACAGACCCAGGAACACAUGUCAAUGCUGGGCAUCACUGAGCCUCAGUCCUAUUCCCCCAGCUCUGAAUCUGAAGGCUCGCCCUCGAUGGAGGACCUCCGAGCAACUACACCUCCCAUCCUCAUCUUGUCCUCUUCUCUUUCACCUUCACGACCAACUUCCUCUUCCUCCUCUUUUCUCCUCACACCGUCAGCCCUGUCCUUCCUCAAAUCCCGCUCCCCUCUCCUGGCCACCCUUGCGUGUCUAAGUGUCAGUCCAAGAGGUGCUGCCCGGGUACAGCCGUCCGGUUGGCUGGUGUUCCGGGGCGGGGGUCGUAAAGAGUGCGUGCUGGACGGGGAACAGAUCUCCAGGGAGGGGGAAAACCUGCUUAGAGACUUCCCCAUCCUGAGGGCCUACCUUGGGGCCAUGGUUCAGCCUGUCCUGGGUACUUCGCUGGGGGCUGGGGAGGAUGGAGCCGGUGGUGGAGAUGGUGGAGGUCUUGGGGCAGCCCUCUGUGGUAAACCCCUGGUGGUUUUGCUCCUGUCGGGCCCUCAGGGGACAUCUGCCCAGGCUGUGGCUAUGGAAGCCUUCCAGCAGGCCCUGGCCUCUCGGGACCUGUGCAGGGCUCUGAGCCUGCUAGAGCUGUAUGGACAGGGCUGCAGCCAGGAGAGGGGGCUCCGAGACAGGCUACUGGCCUGGGCUGCUCUGGAGGAUGGUGAAGACAGUAUAGGCCAGUUGUUCAGAGUACAGGACCCGUGUCUGAGGGCCCGUGUGGCCUUACAGGCCUUGGAGCGCUGGCCCCUCGGGCCCUCUCUGGAGCUACUGGAGUUCUGCCUCAAUAACCCCCACGUGGAGGCCUCUCUCAAGGGGGAGCUGGAGCACAGGAAGACGGAGCUGGACAUCUAUCAACGGAUGUUGAACCUGGAGCCUUCGUUGCCGUGGGCCACCUGGCAGGAGCUGAGGACAGAGUCCAGGAGAGAUCCCGAGUCCAUGUUUUCUAGGAUGUUGGAAGCCAGGGAGUUUUCUCUGUGUGCCCAGUGGAUGGCGCUGUUCUCGGUCUCAGACCACCUCAGAUUACAGCUGCAGACGGAACACCUGCUACACCUGCUGGAGAAAGGACAGACUGACAACGCUUUCCAGCUGCUGGCGGGCCUAUCCGACUUAACCUUGGGUCUGGAGGUGUGUGAGCGCGCUCUGGACCGCCGGCCCGGAUUGGCUGCCUGCCACUUCCUGGCUAACUACCUCACUCUGCACUUCCAGAGCCAAGUGUCCCCAGCCCGCCGACGCCACAUCCAGGACCUUCACCUGGGAUCCAAGGUCCUCCUCACCCUCCCCCCCAACGUCAGACAGGACUACUUUCCCCUCCUCUCUGAGCCACUAUUAAUGCUGGAACAGCUCCUGAUGAACCUGAAGGUGGACUGGGCUGAAGUGGCGGUGAGGACGUUACAGAACCUACUAUUAGGCCGGGAGGAUGGCUUCACCACCCAUGACAUAGACAAACUACUCUCUAACUACGCCUGCAAGGCCCUGGACUUUCCCUACGCACCCACGGAGAGGUCUCGUUCUGAUUCUGUGAUCAGUCUCCAGGAUGACCAUUGUCCUGCCCAGGACAGCUGUCCCUCUACCCCCUCUAGGAUGGCGACACCUCCACCUACUGCAGGUAGUACCUCCGUGCACACCUCGUCCUCCAGCAGUUCCCUGGACAGAGGGUCGACCGGCAGGAGAAUCCAGCGCUCCCCGGAUCAGUUCCAACCCCCAGACAGAGCCCCGGUUCGUAAGGACUGGGUCCCGGACAAUCAGCAGCAUGUCUGCAUGGUCUGCCAGCGAGAACGCUUCACCAUGUUCAACAGGCGUCACCACUGCAGGAGGUGUGGUCGUCUGGUGUGUCAUGCCUGCUCCGACCACAAGAUGGCGGUAGAGGGCUGCACCGAGGAGGAGAAGAGAGUGCGCGUGUGUGACCAGUGUUACAGCUACUUCCAUCCAGAUUCUGAUGACACGCUGGAACAAGCUGAAGUUGCAGGUAGUCCUAUAUCUACAGAGGGAGUGUUAGAUUCAAUGCUUCACCUGCCAGAGGUCACUCACCGUCAGUUUCACCUCAGCACCAACCCUACAGACAACCUGCAACUACAGACAGAGUUCUACUAUGAACAGGCUCCCAGUGCGUCUCUAUGUGUGGCCAUCCUGUCCCUCCAUAGUGACCAGACAGCCUGUGGACACCAGCUAAUUGGACACUGCCGCUCACUGUCCCGUAAACUAACCAAUCCCGAGGUGGACGCCCGCCUCCUCACCGACGUCAUGCGCCAGCUUCUGUUCAGUGCCAAACUGAUGUUCGUCAAGGUGGGCCGCAGCCAGGACCUGGCCCUGUGUGACAGCUACAUCAGUAAAGUCGACGUCCUGAAGAUCCUGGUAACGGCCAACUACAAGUACAUCCCUUCUCUGGAUGACAUCCUGGAGACGGCUGCUGUCACACGGCUACGCAACCAGCUAGUGGAGGCAGAGUACUACCAGCUAGCUGUGGAGGUGUCCACUAAGAGUGGGCUGGACCCAGGUGGUGUGUGGCAGGCGUGGGGAAUGUCCUCCCUCAAGGCAGGGAACUUGACCGUUGCUAGGGAGAAGUUAUGUCGCUGUCUGAAAGCUCCGGUGGACAGAAACCAGCUCAACCUGGGUCCUCGGCUGCUGCAGGACAUCGUUUCUCAUCUGGAGAGCACCGUCAGACCCACUCUGGCCAUGUCUUUCAGUGAGGACAUCCUGUGGUCUCUGAGGGAGCUUGAGGAAGCUCUUUGUGAGCCUGGAGGAUCAGUGGACUGGCCAGAGGGGGGUCAGGGUCAGGGCAGCAGCCUGUAUCAAGAGAGCUUGUACUACCUGUCCAGCUACGGGACUCACCUGGCCCUGGUCUCCUUCCUGAUGAGACACGACAACAUGAAGGGCGCCCUGCAGCACCUGCUCAGCAAGGAAUGUCCAGAGGAGGUGUUCCUGGAGGGCAUAUUGCAGCCCAGUCUGGAGAGGGGUCGUCUGGGAAUGCUGCAGGGGUUACUGGAGACUCUAGAUACAGACCUGGAGGUCUGCAGCCGAUACCUCCUGUCCUCCUGUCAACUGCUGCAGCGGCGGGGACACUUCCACACACUAUACCAGCUACAACAGUUCAUGAUGGACCACGUACGAGCGGCCAUGACGUGUAUCCGGUUCUUCACCCACGGCGUCGUGUCCUACGUACAGCUGGGAGACCAGCGGAGAUGGCUGGUUCGGGCCAAGGAGCACCUCAGAACCUACCUUCAGGAGCAACAGGGAACACGUACCAACAGCACUAACAGGAAGAGGAGCACCUCUAACUCCUUCAGAAAGAAGAUGUCUUCUAGUGAUGUGUCCAGACACAUGAACACUAUAGAGCUCCAGCUGGAGGUGACUCGGUUCCUGCAUCACUGUGAAACAUCCAGCUCCACGCUUGCCCUCACCCCCUCUGUCUCCUCCAGCACUCCUCCCACUCUGUUCGGCCCCAGCGCUAUGAAGAUCGAUGUAGCCUGCAAGGUGAUGUUGGGAGGAAAGAACAUUGAGGAGGGGUUUGGUAUUGCAUACCGAGUCAUACAGGACUUCCAGCUGGAAGCCUUGACGGUGUACGUGCGUGCGGGCCAGAGGCUUGUGCGCCAGCGUCAGUACCGGGCCGUGCGCCAGCUGCUGAAGUGUGUGGGCGAGUCGGGCACCGCCACCAAGAACGACUGUGAUGUCAUCAUACUCAGCUGUGUCUCCAUCGCAGAUAAGGGGCCCACAGACGCCAAGGAGUUGGAGUGUCUCAUUCUGGAGACAAAGAGCACAGAGAACAAGAUUAAGGCCUACCUGCAGGUGAGUAAACUGCGAGCGGCCUAUCUCCUAGCUGUAAAGCUGGAUACAGCCAGAGCCGGGCCGCUGGUUCAAGAAGUCCUCCAGGCAGCAGAGGGCGUCGGAGACUCUGUCAUGCAGGACAUCUGUUUCCAGUGGCUGUCUGAGCACAAGGACAGGGUCCGAACGACGCCUCCGCCGGGAGCUACAAAACAAGGCCGACCCAACGCCAAGUAACCCCAUGGGCGGAACACGGGCCGUGUUCAUUACGCACCAAACAGAAGAAAACAGACUGAACCAGGAAUGGACUUCCAGGACUCGUCUAAUAAGAAAUGCUCGUUUUAGUUUUUCUGUUGCAAAAAACAAAAAAAGAUUACAAUAUUGUGUAUUUGUUGCGUGCCACUAAUGAACACGACCCGGACGUAAUCGUUGUUCUGGAGAAACCUAGUUCAGGCUACAACAUGUGGAACCAGACAUCAGGAAAUAACAGAUAGCACUUCAACUAGAAACGCCAUGAGUGGAACACCAAGACGCCUGAACUCUGUGACUGUGUGGGGUUGUGAGUGACUUCCUCUUCUCCUCUCUUCCUCCUCCUCACUGAAAGUAGUGAAACACCGCUGUGCCAACUCUCUCAUCUGGAGAGGUGACUGACUACAGUCAGACGAGACUGUCUCUCUCUCAUCUGGAGAGGUGACUGACUACAGCCAGACGAGACUGGGAUGAAUCUAACCACUGAAUUGUGAGUUGUUGACCACUUUAUCUAGUAAAACUGAUGUCUGGGAUAAGCACAGAAGACACAUAUAUCAGAGUAAUAGCACAGGCAGUAGUGUACGAUAGUUCUCCAGUUGUAUCUCCUACCUCAGUUAAAAAGGGAUUGAUCUUUUGUUUUCACUAACCUUCAAGCCUAGUAAUAUAUUUCUUUGUCACAAAAUAAACAACUUGAUUUAAUGUAAAUAAUUCCUAACUUUUCCAACCCUUUUUUUUUUUUUUUUUGAUUUUCUUCUUCUCUUGAUGUUGUUAGUUAGAAAAGAAUGAUCAUGUAAACCUGUCAAGCAGGUGAAAGUAAAGAAGAAAACAAGUGUUGGUAUUUACAAGCCUGUCAAGAGCUUUUAAAGAAGAUACAAGUGUCGAUUUAUAAUGAUGAUUUAAGAGUUUCUGAACUUUUUGAAAUGUCAAAGGAGAGUGGGUUUCAUUAGAAGGGAUGUCUGUUACUGUCUUAUCAGCUCGACCUGCCACUAGUUAACCCCAUUAAAAUGUCUGCCCAAGGAGAUAUUUCCUAGCCUGAAAUCCAGACCUGUUUUGUUUGCUAACAUUCCACUUCUAGUACUCGGUGUCAUAUGUUUGGCACGGCAAGGACACCGAGUGGCAAGAAGUGGAACGUUUACACAAACAGACUGGUACCCAGGCUAGCAAUAUCAUGAGUCUCUCUUGCUUUCUCCCUCAGAGGGCAUUUGGGCUCCUGAAAGGGCUUUUAAGAUAACUAGAAUAACGAUGAGCUUUAUAUAGAAAACAACGAAAACGUGGAACGAGUUGGAUUUAGUAAAGGGACUCUCUGGAUAUGUUUGAGGACUUUAAACACCGUUUCAAUUCGAGAUCAUGAUAAAGAGGUGUGGUACCUUGUAAUGUUACAGGUCGGGAUAUUAUUGUCUCCCUAAAGCCUAUCGUAGCUGUCUGUGUCAUAUUUGUUUUUGAUGGUAUCUGUCUUUGACCAGGAACCACGUUGCUGUGACUGUGCAUUGUAUAUUUGUACUCAUUCCCGUUGUUCUGGUGUGUGACACUGUGCGUCUCAAAUGGCACCUUAUUCCCUACAGUGCACCAUGAGGCCCUAGUUUAACAGUAGUGCACUAAAUAGGGAAUAGGAUGCUGCUUUGGACACAGACGGUCACUUUGACCUCUGUGUCCUAUGCGAGGGUCAGAUGUGUUAUAGGCCAUCUGUCAGUGUAUAAAAACACGUACUUUAAUCAAUCAAGAGAUGUCGCAUUAGAAAAGGGAUUUUUGUUGCAUUCAUGAUCAAAUUUAACAACAUAUUGUCUAAUUGUAACUCUCUUGUUUACAUAAUUGCCCGUUUUUUUUAUUUCUCACUAUAACAAGCGAUCCCAGAGUUUACACUAUAAUGUUUAUAUUUAUCACUUUAAUCCCUUUAGAUUACAACGUAAUAAACAUUUUUAUUUCUCACUUUAAUCUCUCAGAUUACACCGUAAUAAAAAAUAUAUAUUUCUCACUUUAAUCCCUCAGAUUACAACGUAAUAAACAUUUUUAUUUCUCACUUUAAUCUCUCAGAUUACACCGUAAUAAAAAAAUUAUUUCUCACUUUAAUAGCGAUCCCUCAGAUUACACAAUAAUGUUUUUAAUUUCUCACUUUAAUCCCUCAGAUUACACCAUAAUAAUAUGUUAAUGACAUGACAAUCACAUUUCAAUACUUUAAUCAUAAUAUUAACAAUAUACACUAUAUAUACAAAAGUAUGUGGACACACCUUCAAUUUAGUGGAUUCGGAUACUUCAGCCACACCUGUUGCUGACAGGUGUGUAAAAUCGAGCACACUGCCAUGCAAUCUCCAUAGACAAACACUGGCAGUAGAAUGGGCCUUACUGAAGAGCUCAGUGACUUUCAACGUGGCACCGUCAUACGAUGCCACCUUUCCAACAAGUCAGUUUGUCAAAUUUCUGCCCUGCUAGAGCUGCCCCCGGUCAACUGUAAGUGCUGUUAUUGUGAAGUGGAAACUUCUAGGAGCAACAACGGCUCAGCCGCAAAGUGGUAGGCCACAAACGCUCACAGAAUGGGACCGCCGAGUGUAAAAAUCAUCUGUCCUCAGUUGCAACACUCACUGAGUUCCAAACUUUGGAAGCAACGUCAGCAUGAACUGUUUGUCGGUAGGUUCAUGAAAUGGGUUUCCAUGGCAGAGCAGCCUCGCACAAGCCUAAGAUCACCAUGCGCAAUGCCAAGCAUCGGCUGGAGUAGUGUAAAGCUCGCCACCAUUGGAAUCUGGAGCAGUGGAAAUGCGUUCUUUGGAGUGAUGAAUCACGCUUCACCAUCUGGCAGUCCGACGUAUUAAUCUGGGUUUGGCGGAUGCCAGGAGAACGCUACCUGCCCCAAUGCAUAGUGCCAACUGUAAAGUUUGGUGGAGGAGGAAUAAUGGUCUGGGGCUGUUUUUCAUGGUUCGGGCCCCUUAGUUCCAGUGAAGGGAAAUCUUAACACUACACCAUACAAUGACAUUCUAGAUGAUUCUGUGCUUCCAAUUUUGUGGCAACAGUUUGGAGAAGGCCCUUUCCUGUUUCUACAUGUCAAUUUCCCUGUGCACAAAGCGAGAUCCGUGUGGAAGAACUUAACCCCAUCGAAUACCUUUAGGAUGAAUUAGAACGCCGACUGUGAGCCAGGCCUAAACGCCCAACAACAUCAGUACCUGACCUCACUAAUGCUCUUGUGGCUGAAUGGAAGCAAGUCCCUGCAGCAAUGUUCCAACAUCUAGUAGAAAGCCUUCACAGAAGAGUGGAGGCUGUUAUAGCAGCAAAGGGGGGGGACCAAUUCAAUAUUAGUGCCCAUCAUUUUAGAAUGAGAUGUUUGACUAGCCAUGUGUCCACAUACUUUUGGUCAUGUAGUGUAUCUACAUUGUUGACCGUCCGUGGUUAAAAUCCACAAUAGAUAUUAAUUCACUUUUGACUGAAGUUCUGUUUGUUAACAAGCAGAGGCUUAAAUCAGCCUGUCUGGUCAUGUGAUGAGGUCCUGUGCUGCAUCAUCAUAUACAGUACCAGUCAAAAGUUUGCACAGACCUACUCAUUACAGGGUUUUUCUUUAUUUUUACUAUUUUCUACAUUUGUAGAAUAAUAGUGAAGACAUCAGAACUAUGAAAUAACUCAUAUGGAAUCACGUAGUAUCCAAAAUAUAUUGUAGAUUAUUCAAAAAUAGCCACCCUUUGCCUUGAUGACAGCUUUGCACUCUUGGCAUUCUCUCAACCAGCUUCACCUGGAAUGCUGUUCCAACAGUCUUGAAGGAGUUCCCACAUAUGCUGAGCACUUAUUGGCUGCUUUUCCUUCACUUUGCAGUCCAACUCAUCUGAUGCAGCACUCCAUCACUAUCCUUCUUGGUCAAAUAACCCUUACACAGCCUGGAGGUGUGUUUUGGGUCAUUGUCCUGUUGAAAAACAAAUGAUAGUCCUUUGAAGAAUCUAAAAUAUAUUUUAAUUUGUUUAACACUUUUUUUGGUUACUACAUGAUUUCAUAUGUGUUAUUUCAUAGUUUUGAUGUCUUCACUAUUAUUCUACAAAAUAGUUCAAAUAAAAAAAAAACUUGAAUGAGUACGUGUGUCCAAACUUUUGACUGGUAGUGUAUGUAUUCCCUAUACAGUGCACUACUUUUGACCAGAGCCUUAGUGCACUAUAUAGGGAAUAGGGCCCUGGUCAAAAGUAGUGCACUAUAUAGGGAAUAGGGUGCCAUUUGGGACACCUGAGUCUCUUCACUCUCUGGUUUAUUGUUGAGCUCUGUCCCCCUAUCCCAAAUUGCACCCUAGCACCGUUCCCCCUACUCUCCUAACCCCUUAGGCACUCACUUAUCUUCCCUGUGGUUCUUCCUUCACUGAUGCACUUUACCCUCCUUCUUUAUCAGAAUAUCUGAAACAAGAGUUUAUCGCCUAUGUAGUCCACUGCUCUGGUCAAAAGUAGUACACAGUGAAUAGUUCCAUUUGAAAUGUACCCAAUGACUCCCCCCCUUUCUUUGGUUAAAGAAACAAUGUCAUCAAUUUGGUUGUUAUGAUUAUUGAUCACAGGAAAUGUGAGGAGUAUGAUAAUUAUUUCCUGUCUUAAAGCAGCCAUGCUGGAGGAGGGGUAAUAAAGAAUGUUUUCUUAUUGGAGGAGGCUGGUGGGAGGAGCUAUAGGAGGACGAGCUCGUUGUAAUGGCUGAAACUGUAUCAAAUAUAUGACUCCGUUCCAAUCACAUGCGCCGAAUACAACAGGUGUAGACAUUUCAGUAAAAUGCUUACUUACGAGCCCCUAACCAACAAUGCAGUUUAUUUUUUAAAGUUAUUACAAUGUGCCUAUCCUCCUAUAGCGCCUCCAACCAGCCACCUCUGUUGCGUGCGACACAAUUACUAAGCAUAAACAACUACUACCAGUAGUAGCUCGUAAUAUUAUCUUUAUUUACAGAUGUAAACAUUCAACUCCUGACAUGACUGCUAUGCAGUUCUGGCACAUUUCUGCUCACUUUCCCAAAAUUCCCUGUUUUUUUUUUUUUCAUAAAUACUGGUUGGAGAGGAUUCAGGAUUUCCUGAUUUGUUCCCUUUGUAAUUCCAGGAUUGUUAUUAAAAAAAUAUUGCGACCCUAAAUUGUACUAAAAAGGCAUGUUUCACAUUUGUAUAAAAGACAUCUUGGUAGCUUAACAAUGCUGAAGGGAAAAAGAGCGGGAUAUAAGAAAGCCUAGAGUGGAAAAGGUCCAAAACAAGGAAAUAAAUCUGAUUCCACACA